AUACAAAAUCUUCAGCCAGGUCUAAUAUGGACUUCUAAAAGAGACGAUAUCGAUUAUAAAUCGCUAGCUAGGUAUCAAAUUGUUAAUCAUUAUGAGAAAACGAUCCCGUUAACAACGAAGGUGGGUUUAUGUACAAGUAUAAAAAAUUUAAGUUGGGUCCAAGAAAUUGAUUCAGACACAAUUUUCCCGCGAUGUUUUCAACUUCACAUGGAGGAAGAAUUACAAGCUUUUAUAGAUGACUUUCGAUUAACAGCGGCAGUUAAUAUCCUAAAAUGGAUCAUCGAUCCUAGCAUUAAUGGGAAAUCGUCUAAAGCGAAUUCAAAACAUUCAGAAAAAAUUCACGAUGCUGUUGUUCGAUAUGCCUUGCAAGCUUGUGAAAAUUAUAUCGAGUGUCAGACGCAUUUGGAUCUUGAUGUGGCGACUGAUCUGAGAUCUAAAUUGGAUGAUAAUAAGUGGAAUUUACUGCUGUCAUCCUAUUAUCAAAUUAUCCAUCAAGAUAUUGACUUUAGCAACCGUGAUGCCUUCGCAGAAGAAGCCAAGAAUAUGUUGCAAAGUAUCAAACUGUUACUUCCACAAUUCGAUAUUGACGGGGUUCGAAAUGUUUGGAUUAUGAAGCCAGCUGCUAAAUCGCGAGGUCGAGGAAUUGUUUGUAUGGACCGAUUGAGCAAUAUUAUUGAAUACUAUCAACAAUGCCGAGAAUCCAAAUGGGUUAUACAAAAAUAUAUCGAGAGACCCUUGUUGAUCUAUAAUACAAAAUUUGAUAUUCGCCAAUGGUUUUUAGUGACUGAUUGGAAUCCAUUAACUGUUUGGAUAUACAAGGAUUCAUACUUAAGAUUUUGUACGCAGCAGUAUACAUUGAACAACUUAGAAGAAAAGAUACAUUUAUCAAAUAAUGCUAUUCAAAAGAAAUACAGCAAUGGAGAAAGAUCUAAAUACUUACCAGCUGAAAAUAUGUGGAGUUCCAAUAAAUUUAAGCAAUAUUUGAGACAACAUAGUCACUGCAAUACUUGGGAAGAAAUUAUAUAUCCAGGCAUGAAGGAAAUUAUAAGUCUAGUAUUGCAAGCAAACCAGGAAACCAUUUCCGACUAUAGAAAGAAUUCAUUUGAACUCUUUGGAGCAGAUUUUAUGUUGGGAGAGGAUUUUAAGCCAUGGCUGAUUGAAAUCAAUAGCUGCCCCGAUUUAUCCGCUUCAACAUCCGUUACGGCUGAGUUAUGUGCAUCAGUUAUAAAUGAUACAAUUAAAGUGAUCAUCGAUAGAAAAGAAAAUAAAUCUUGUGAUAUUGGAGAAUUUGAGUUAUUAGUUAAGAAAGUAAGAUUUCAGAUAUGA